GCGUGCUCCUCGCCGCUAUUGUCCUCAACUCGACCAAGAACCACGCGGACCACUCCGCAUGGCGCACGCCCAUCGCUGUCCAAUUCGCCUGGGACUUCAUCCUUGGCGGCGGCAUGGCUCAGCUCCCCGAGUCCCCUCGUUACCUCGUCCACAAGGUCCGCAUCACCGCCGCCCGCGCUGCGCUAGCCCGCCUCACGAACACCUCCCCGGACUCCCGAUGCUGAGCUGGCAGAGAUCAGCGCGGCGCUCCAGGAGGAGCGCUCCCGCAGCAGCGGCUCGUACAUGGACUGCUUUUGCAACAACGAGAUGAAGAACGGUCUCCGUACCUGGACUGGUAUCAUGCUCCAGGGAUGGCAGCAGCUGACCGGUAUCAACUUCAACUUCUACUACGGCACGACGUUCUUCC